CUCAAAGCCGCAGUACGCUGCAAGUGUGCGCGAGUUCGUAUUACUGCUCUGAAAUUGUGAUGGCGAACGGAGCUUGUGCGCGGAUGCGCGUCUUCAGGGGCACUUUGAUCCAUGCAACCCCGGUGGAAGCGGUGAAGAUUCUGGAAGAUGCACUACUUGGUGUUCAAGCUGAUGGAAAGAUCGCCUUUAUCGGAGAAGGCAAGGAGCUGCAUCGACUCUCGAAAGAAUUUGCAUUUAGUCCAUCGUCAGUAACUCACCUGGAAAAACAUGAAUUCUUCAUGCCCGGAAUGGUGGACACCCACAUCCACGCCCCUCAAUACAGCUACGCUGGCACGGCCCUGGACAUGCCCUUGCUUGACUGGCUCAACAAGUAUACCUUUCCUGUGGAAUCACGCUUUAAAGAUAAGAGUUUCGCACGGGAGGUCUACACUCAAGUCGUGAAAAGAACCCUGAAAAACGGAACAACCACCGCUUGUUACUUUGCAACCAUACAUACCGACUCAUCUCUUUUGUUGGGUCACAUUGCAGAUGACUUGGGACAGCGAGCCUUGGUGGGCAAGGUGUGCAUGGACAGGAAUAAUUCUGUGACACAUUACAAAGAGACCUGUCAAGAGUCUCUGGAGGAAACCCAUCGCUUCAUCGCUGAGCUCUUGGGGAAGAAGUAUGCUCUGGUGAAGCCCGUGGUAACACCUCGCUUUGUCCUGUCGUGCUCCGGAACCUUGCUGGGACAACUGGGACAGCUGGCUAAGAAUAACAACCUGCAUAUUCAGAGUCAUAUUAGUGAAAAUAUCGAGGAGGUGAAGAUUGUGAAGGAGCUGUUUCCCGAUUCUGACUCCUACACAGACGUCUACCACAAACACAACCUUCUUACCGACAAGACGGUGAUGGCGCACGGUUGCUAUCUGAGCGAUGAAGAGUUGGAUUUGUUCCGAGAGACAGGAGCUUCUUUGUCUCACUGUCCAAACUCCAACAUCUCGUUGUGUAGUGGAUUGCUCAAUGUCCGGAACGUCCUGAAUCAUAAAGUCAAGCUUGGCCUCGGAACAGACGUGGCAGGAGGCUACUCAGCCUCCUGCUGGAACGCCGUGAGGAGAACCUUGGACACUCCAAAAUUCUGGAGCGUACAGGACCCGGAACUUAAGACGCUCACCUUUGAGGAGGUGUUCAGGUUGGCGACACUCGGUGGCAGCCAAGCUUUGUCCCUCGAUGACCAAAUUGGAAACUUCCAAGUGGGGAAAGACUUUGAUGCAUUGAGAGUGAAUGUAGCGGUUCCGGAUGGGCCCAUUGACUUGAUCCAGCUCGAGGAACCAAAGAUUAUGCUGGAAAAGUUUUUGAAUUUGGGUGACGAUAGAAACAUCGUGGAGGUUUAUGUGGCCGGAAGGAAGGUGGUACCAUAUCCCAAGAAGACCCUCUGCUAGAUUUAGCAUCACUUUGAUUGGAUGACUUGCAAUGUUGCCUAUUCUUUCAUGAUUGAUUUUAGAAAUGAGUCAUUUGAUUAUUUGUAGCGGGCGAGCUUUGGGAUUUAUUUGCGGGAGUAAUAUGUAGAAGUGCACUGAGCAGUUUGGCAAGACUUUGCAAUUUAUCAGCAACUUAAUAUUUAGCAUUUACCGUAAGCAACAUUAACUCAUCUUGACUGCCCAGCGUUUUUUGCUUACUAGAUAUCAUUUUUUGUUGUUGUUGCUGUAAAUAAGAUCAAAGUAUGGCUCUCGAGAAAGUGAAAUGCGCAAAUGGUUGUGAUGAUUUAAAG